AUGAUGGUCCCUUUCUCUCGUGGCCCCAGCUACCAGCGGAUCCCCAGCUUCAGCCAGCUUCACGGCCACAGCGCGGCCCAGCAAAGCGGCACACCCCCAGGCUGCCGCACGCGCGCAGCACGCGCGGCAGCGGGCAGUGCGGCGCCGCUGAUCCUCCUCUGCCUGCUGUCGUCGGCACUAACAUACUUCGCGACCCACGGCAUGCAGCGGCACGCGGUCUCGGCCAGCGCCGCACGGCUGGACGCCCUGGCCGCAGACACGUGGAACCUGCCGCCCGUCGCGCCGCCGGAGGCCACUGUGAGGCUGGAGGGGGCAGGCGGGGGCGGCGCCAGCACGCUGCGCGCGGCCGCGGCGGCGCGGCUGCUCAACCCCGCCAGCUCCGACGGGGCGGCAGCGCCAGCGGCGGUAGUAGCGGCGUCGCCACUGGGGGAUGUGCCGGCAGCCGUCGCGCCUGUUGCGGUCGAGCAAUUUGAGCGGGCGCACGAGGAGCCGCUUGCGCAGCUGGCGGCGCACCCACCCCCCAACGCGGCCAUCCCUGAAGCCCAGUUAGCGGCCGCGGGCGAACGCCUCGUGCAGGAGCAGGAGCAGGUGGCACGGCAGCGGGAUCCCAAGCAGCUGACCGGGUCAGGGGGCGCCGCGGCGCACGCUGCAGCGGCGGGCGCAGCCGCUGUGUCUGCGCAUGCGCCUGGUGCAAACAGCCACAAGGAGGUACAUGCCGCCGCCGCAGCCAUGGCCCCGCAUCAGCCUUCACAGCAGGAGCACCAUGCGCAGGCGGCGACUCCGCAGCGGCAGCAGCAGCAGCACCCGCAGCAGCAGCACCCGCAGCAGCAGCACCCGCAGCAGCAGCACCCGCAGCGGCAGCACCCGCAGCAGCCGCAGCAGCAGCAGCAGCAGCAGCAGCAGCAGCAGCAGCAUAUCGCACCCCAGCCGCUGGCUGCCACACAGGCGCCGCAGCAGGCGGCGCCCAUGGCGCAGCAGCAGCACCACCACCAGCCCGCCGCCGCGGCCCUGGCAACGCCGUCACUGGCUCACGUGCAGCCCUCCUCUGUCGCGCCCCACCUGGCACACCUCAAAGACCCCAGGCCCCGCCGCCCCCCGCGCCCGCGCCAGCAGCCGGCCGCCGGCGCGGCGGCGCCGGCCGGCCUGCGGCGUGCGCGGAGGGACGGGAUCGAGCUGAAGCCCUACGGCGCCACCGGCCGCACGCGCGUGGCGCUGGUCAACCACGCCCCCUACCACCUGGAGAUCGUGGCCGGCUGGCUGCACGUGCUGAGUCAGCUUCCGGUGGAGGUGAUCUGGUACCAAGCGGGGCAGGCGACGCCGGGAGGCGUGGAGACCUUCACGGUGGACGAGCUGUUGGAAGCGCAGGGAUUCUACGAACUGGUGGACCCCUCUGGGUUCCGCAUGGUGCCCGUAACCUCGGAGCCCGUGCGCGUGGACUUUGCUGUCUUUGUUUCGCCCGAGUACUACGAGCACCAGACCAAGCUCUUCCUGGAGCGCGCCCUCCCCAUAUCCUCGGUGAUGGUCGUGCACAACGGCGGCAACCACGCGCUGCAGCGCCUCAAGGCGCUCGCGCCGCGCACCCACAUCGUCGCCCUCGCGCCCCACGUGGCUGCGGCGGCGCGCGAGAGGCUGGGUCUGGACGUGGAGUGGGCGAUGGCCGCGCACCCCUUCAAGCCCAAGGCGAGCGGGGUCCUGCAGGCGUGGGCGCCUUGUGAGCUGAGCGGCCCCAGCGCCGCGGCGCCGCUCUGCCUCCACGGCUUCGCCAUCCAGGGCAACUUCGAGCCGCAGCGCCGCAACUACACGCGCGUCUGGUCGAUGCUGCGCGCCCACGCGGCGGCCGGCCGCAUACCCACGGCGCCGCCGCUGCCGCCGCUGCACCUGCAUCUGGUGGGGCGCGGCAAUGUAGAGCAUCUGGCCCUCCCGCCAGAGGUGGAGGCGGUGACAACGGUCCACUUCAACCAGCCCUACCCAGAUUACUACGAGCAGAUCCACCACACGCAUGCGCUACUGCUCGUCCUGGGCUCCCCCGCGUACCUGACCUCCAAGAUGAGCUCCACAGUGGUGUCCUCCCUCACCACGGGCGUCCCCGUCGUCGCUGACGAGGCGGUGCUGGGCGCCUACACGUUCCUGCCGCGCGAGGCUGUGUUUGAGAUGCGCAAGGGGGAGGACGAGGUGGACGCCAUGAUCAGGGGCGCGCCACGCACGGCGCUGGGCCGCAAUUGA